UCGUCUCAAUCAAGUAGUCAAGAUGCCCCGUGGACCCCGUAAGCACCUGAAGCGCAUGAGCGCGCCCAAGCACUGGAUGCUGGGCAAGCUUGACGGCAUCUGGGCACCCCGCCCGUCGUCGGGCCCGCACAAGCUGCGCGAGUGCCUGCCGCUCAUCAUCAUUCUGCGUAACCGCCUUAAAUACGCUCUGACCAAGCAGGAGGUCACCAUGAUCUGCAUGCAGAAGAGCGUCAAGGUGGACGGCAAGGUCCGUGUGGACCCGGACUUCCCCGCUGGCUUCAUGGACGUCGUGGAGCUGCCCAAGACUGGCGACCAGUUCCGUCUGAUGUACGACACCAAGGGCCGCUUCGUGCUGCACCGCAUCUCGGACGAGGAGAAGAAGUUUAAGCUCGCCAAGGUCAUCCGUCAGGAGUACACCAAGAAGGCCAUCCCGUACAUUGCCACCAACGACGGCCGUACCAUCCGCUACCCGGACCCGCUCAUCAAGGUCGGCGACACUGUCAAGAUUGACCUGGAGACUGGCAAGGUCGUGGACCACAUCAAGUUCGAGGUCGGCAACCUGGUGACCAUCACUCGCGGACGAAACUCUGGCCGUGUCGGCAUCCUGCACAACGUUGAGAGACACCAAGGCUCGUUCAACAUUGCCCACGUCAAGGACUCGGCUGGCAACGACUUCGCUACCCGUCUGGGCAACGUGUUCGCCGUCGGCAAGGAGGCUCGUCCGUGGGUGUCGCUGCCCAAGGGCAAGGGCAUCAAGCUCAACAUCCUGGAGGAGCGUGAGCUCAAGGAGAAGAAGGCCAACAACUAAGUGUCCAAAUUGGACAUUUGAGUAGUUGGAAGGAGAGCGUGCUAGGCUCGCUGUGACGCUAGAAAUGGAGUCGCGCACUGGCACGUUCGAACUCUGUGUGUCUUAUCUGGCAUUGAGAGGAGAACUUUCUAAGAGCGAGAAUGAUAAAGGAGUCACUUUUCGUUCACUAUAA